AUAUCGAUUUUGAAUAGAAAAACCCUAUUUUAUCCCCCUAAGCAAACACGUCUAUCCCAGAGACCCCAAGAGCUAGACACUUUUAAUUUGGCAAGAACUUCUUCCAAAAUGUCCUGAACUAUCCAAAAUCGAUAUUUAUCGAUCUUAAGCAUCGUUUGGUUUGGAAGUUUGGAAAACCUCGAGAAUAUUUCCACUCAAUGUCCGUGCGUGUCCCAUAUGGCUUUUCAGCCCUGGCACAGUUCCUUUGUGUGCUUCCUCCCGGCCCAGCGCUCAUUUGCCAGGGGGAUGUUCGUGUUAAACAUUUCAAAGUUUUGUAUUUUAUAAUUGGUUUAUGGCUUUUGUGUGGAGGAAGCCGCAUUACAAUUGCCUUUAUUUUUUUUUUUUUGCGCAAACCCAAUCAAAUUACCAAAAGGCCGCCGCACGUGCCAAAUGCGAUUUACAAAACUAAAAAAAAAAAAAAAGGUGGCCCACUAAACAGCCAAGUCGAGCCAAGUCGGUGUCAACGUCGCGCCAUCAGCUAUGCCCGCUGCAUUUGUAAGCGCAACCUUCGCUCGAGGCCGGGCCCGCGAAUGCGUCACGUCUCUUGGGGGCGACUAUAAAAAGCCAGCAGCUGGCCAAAAACCAUAUCAAACAAAGCUCACAGCUUCAAGUGUCAACAAGCCAAAACAGCCAAAAAAAAACAACCUAAAAACCAACCAUGAAAUUCUUCGCCGUCUGCUUGUUCGCUGUUGUGGCUGUGGCUGCUGCCAAGCCCGGCAUAGUGGCUCCUUUGGCCUACACCGCACCAGCUGUCGUCGGCAGCGCCGCCUACGUGGCACCCUAUGCCUCCAGCUACACCGCCCACCAGGUGGCCCAUAGCGCCGCCUUCCCAGCUGCCUACACUGCACCCAUCGCCGCCGCCGCCUAUACUGCUCCAGUUGCUGCCGCCUACACCUCACCUAUUGCCGCCGCCUACUCCGCUCCCAUCGCAGCCGCCUACUCCGCUCCCAUUGCUGCUGCCUACACCUCACCCUUUGCUGCCGCCUACACCGCGCCCAUCGCCCGCUAUGCUGCUGCAGCUCCUCUGGCCUACAGCGCGCCCGUCGCUGCGCCCGUGCUGCUGAAGAAGUGAAGCGCCAAAAUGUGACCAAUUCUUGACAUCCUCUCUCUAGUGUAAAUAAAGAUCCUUCCGCAAAAGCCAA